CAGGAGGCCUCGGGACGCGGCCGCCGGAAGGCUGCGUGCCCUGCGCGGGGCAUGAUGGGGGACUGGGAGAUCCCAUCAUGGCGGCUUCCAUUUCGGGCUACACCUUCAGCGCCGUGUGCUUCCACAGCGCCAACAGCAACGCCGACCACGAAGGAUUUUUGCUGGGAGAAGUAAGACAAGAGGAAACCUUCAGCAUCAGUGACUCACAGAUCAGCAACACAGAAUUCCUGCAAGUAUUUGAAAUCCAUAACCAUCAGCCUUGCUCGAAGCUGUUUAGUUUUUAUGACUACGCGAGCAGAGUGAAUGAGCAGAGUUUGGACAGAAUCCUCAAAGAACGGAGAAAGAAGGUCAUCGGGUGGUACCGCUUCCGGCGGAACUCGCAGCAGCAAAUGUCCUACCGCGAGCAGGUGCUCCACAAGCAGCUCAGCCGCAUCCUGGGCGCGCCAGACCUCGUCUUCCUCCUCUUCAGCUUCAUCUCCACUGCCAACAGCUCCACUCACGCGCUAGAGUACGUCCUCUUCAGACCAAACCGCAGGUAUAACCAGAGGCUCUCGCUCUCCAUCCCCAAUCUGGGCAAUACCAGCCAGCAAGAGUAUAAAGUGUCUUCAGUGCCAAAUACUUCUCAGAGUUAUGCCAAAGUUAUCAAAGAACAUGGUACUGACUUCUUUGACAAGGAUGGAGUGAUGAAGGACAUCAGGGCCAUCUACCAGGUUUAUAACGCCCUCCAGGAGAAAGUGCAGGCAGUGUGCGCAGAUGUAGAGAAGAGUGAGCGAGUCGUUGAAUCUUGUCAGGCCGAAGUGAACAAAUUAAGAAGACAAAUCACUCAGAGGAAGAAUGAAAAGGAACAAGAAAGAAGACUGCAGCAGGCGACGACCAGCAGACAGGUGCCGGCUGAAAGCCUGGAGCCGGCGCUCAGCCCUCGGAGACCCUGUUCCGGGUUCGUGGCCGAGGGUCGAAGUUCAACGGGAGACACAGAGGCCUGUGACCCGCCUCCCCCGUAUUCCGACUUUCACCCCAACAGUCAAGAGAGUGCCGUGAGCCACCCUCGCGCGGAAACGAGUGUCUUCAUGCCCCGACCCCAAGCCGUGGGCUCUUCCAGCUAUGCCUCCUCCAGUGCCGCGCCCGGGCACCCCGGCAGUGGGGGGGACCCCCCUGUGGCCCGGAGAGCCGCUGGAGACAGUGUUGGGGAAUCGGACGACAGCGAUUACGAAAACUUGAUCGACCCCACAGAGCCCUCCGGCGGCAGCGAGCACUCACAGCCCAGGGAGGCUCGGCCUGAGACGCAUCCCGACGGGGGCUCCAGGAACACUCAGGCCCCCCAGAUCUGACCGGGCUGGAGCAGCUCUCCUCACAGCAGUUCUCCUGGUCGCCCACGAGAGAAAGAGCUUCCUGAGGACUCACUCAGGCGGGGACGGGGCAGCCGCCCUCUUCAGCCCUGCCCCGAUGAGUCCCCAGGCACAGAAAUCGCAGGAGCCCCUUGUGGUGGUGGUGGGGGUCCCCUGACACCACGUGAGGGUUCGCGACCGAAUAUUAAGAUAAUCAAAUGGUCCUCAACUCUGGUGUGAUUCACAGACGUCCUGGUGAAUUUCUGCAAAGUGGAUCGGUGGAAUUUCUAUUCUUUCAACUGGAACUUAGAGACUCGGCACAGGCUGUAAAUGUUCUGUCAAAAACUUACCUCUUGCACUACCAUGCCUUGAAAUUUACUUUUUUCUUUUCCAAAGGGAAACGAGUUUAGUAGCAUCAGCUUUCAGAGACCCUCCUUUCUACGAUGAGCCAAAUUCAUCUUUGCCAGAAAAGAAAUUUUGAUAACUCCAGAAAGCCGGAUGUCCCCUCUCCUGUCUGCGUGGCUGCAGGAGGUGAGUGGAGAGAGACCAUCUUCUCCUUGCCGGACAUGCGCUGUCACUGAAAACGGUUGCCUUUUUCCAGUGUAGAAAUACUAAUUACCAGAAAGACGUCACCCAACUAAGUAUGUCCCGAGGGAAGCUACUCCUUUUCCUGGGGGCUCAGGAGGCCCCCUCGUGCCAGCCGGCUUUGUGGCUUCUGCCCUGGAUUCGUGGAGGGGGGACAUGGCCGCAGGCAGCACGGGGGAGCUGCCAGGCCUGGGCUUCGAGACGAGCAGACUCCAGAUGGGGGGGGGGGGUCUUGCCGCAGUCAUUCGGACCACCCGACAAACCGUGGUGUCAGUUUGAUUUGUGGAGAGACAUUGAAUAAACUGGGAGUCUUGGCGAGUGCAGAUCUUUAUUAUUUUUUUUUUGAAGCUGCCAUUCGGAUUUAACUUUGCAGAAUGUGUGGAGAGUUUCUGUCGGGCCGCCCCCUUCCAUUUUUAUGUUACUCCUGCUUCUGCUUCUGCUCUUGGUCCUUUUUCUUGUUUGCCCAGAGUGUGUGAACUGCUGGAGAGAUUCCUGAGCACCUUAGACCAGACCCACCGCUCGUGGCCGGGCCAGCCCAUGGAGUCAAGGCGUUGGGCCCAGGACCACUCAAUCCUGCCACACACAGAGGCUUGAAAUCCAGGUUCAUUGUGAAAUUCAGGUCUCAUUUUGUAGGAGAGAAGAACCCCUUGCCAGGUUCUGGUUGCUAGCCUGAACGAGGCAGUGCAACGCAGACCGAGAGAUGCCGUACCACAAGUGUGGCCCCGGGGUCUGCGUUCACCACCCUCCCACUCUCACCGCUGGGCCGUGUCCCACUGCCACCCGACCCGAAACACUGCAGGCCUCACCCUCGGCACAGGCCUUCCUGUGUUUCUCUACCGCUUCCCAGUGUGAAUUUUUCUUUCUUUUUCUUUUCUUUGAGUGCCAUUGCUGUUACCUCCGUUCAGAUUUUGACAUUUUUAUGCCAUAAUUCUGUCUUCAGUGUGUAUCUGACAAAGCAGUGACAUGUGACUGGGAAAAGCAUAUUGAAGCGCGGCACUGCCAUUCUCAUCUGUCUCAGCCCCGCCAAGGUCUUACCUCAGUUUGUAGACUUGAAACAGCUGGUAUCAGAUAAAAGGGCAUAAACUCGUCGGCCUGAGGGCUUUCCAACAGGCCGAUUUCAGACAGAAUCCAGUAUCACGACACAGUGAGGAUACUGUGCCGGCAUCGAGGAGGAUGUGCUGGGAGUCGGCGUUUUCGGAGGCCUGAGUAUCAGCUGACUGUCGGGUUCUGUGUGGCAAAGUCCCCGACUCCAGGGCCAUAACUGUGAGUGUGCCUGAGCCGGUCCCAGGCCAGGCAGGGUCAGGCUGACUAGCGCCUGGGCGCAAGCAAGUUCCAACCCAAAGUCCCUCUCGCAGCAGACCUGGCCUUGUUUGAAGAGGACUGUUGGGCUCCCGGUCGCGAGUUCUGUGGGAGCCCUUCCCAGAUCCCAGGUGGGUGGUUGCUUUAAAGGAUUUCACCCUUCAGCCCCUCCAACGAUUUAGGGCCCAGAAGACUGGGUUCUUUCAGCUCAGAAGUCUGGAAAAGCUUGAUCACCUGCUGAAGUGAACUUUUCUAGAGAGUGAUCAAAACACACAAAUGGAAAUUUAUCCCAAAACGUUUAGACUAAGGAUAUAUAUAUAUAUAUAUAUAUAUAUUUUUAAGUCCCAGACACAAUGGGACAGUGAAGAUAACUGCUUUAAUAAAAGGAUUUAAAUUGA